CGCCCAGAUGGAAGCAGGCGGCUGGACUUGCAAGUGUGGCAUAAAGUGUGCACCCUGGUCCUGGUCAUGCUCGGCAUGCGGCGAAUCCUAGGAUCAGCGAAAGCGGGGCAGAUCACAGCCCAGGACGGUGCAAGGCAGGCCGCAGUCAAGGAAUGGCAGCCGCCACCAUACCACACGGGCAUCAAGGCCUACAAGGACAAUCUGAGGACAAAGCUCGAGGCGCUGGGCAGUAUCUGCUUGGCUACGCAGAGAGCCGGCAAGAGCGACCAGGAGACAAAAGAAGAAAUGGCGGUCCUCAAGCACUGCGCCAACCUGCUCAAGCCGCUCAGCCAGCAGCGGAACGAGGCAGUCCAGCGCAUCAACAACGUGGAGAUAGCGCUCAAAGGCACCAGGGAUCGCCUGGCACUCCUGGAGACACAGGAGAUGGAUCAGAUCGAGCAGCUGGACGAGCUAAAAGAAACCCUAUCGGAAAUCGACGAUCGCAUCCACCAAGAGAUGAUCGACCUGCAGCCCGCGGUGCAAACGGGCGACAACGGUGCUACAAUGCAAGUCGACAACACGGGCCAGGUUCAGCAGAUGUACGUGCAGCAGCAGCAGAUGCAAGACACCAUCUUUCAGCUCCAGAGGGUCAUCCAGGCCAACGGCAUUUCGCUUGGGCCGCAAUUUCAGCCCAGCGCAGCAGGACCGCACCCACCCCCGUGGCCCACAGAUGCCACGGGAGCAGUGGCCUUGGCGCAGGCAGCAGCGGCAGCGGCAGCGACAAUGUCGCAGCAGGCAAAUGUGCAGCAGCAGGCGCAGCAAGCCUUCAUUAUGCAGAGGCAGAUGGCCCACGAGCACGAGCAGCGCAUGCAAAGGGAGCACUACGCCGCCAAUUUGAGAGCCGCCAUGAAUCUUGCGGCGGAUG